ACUAGCUCCUACGCGACUUGGUUGCUGUCAAGAUAGAUUUUAUUGGCAUUUAGCCAGUUUAUCAACAGCUCAAACUCGGUCAUUUGCACUGUUCAUGCAACACUUGGAUAAUAAAAAGUCAUGACUUUUUUUUUCUUUUUUCUUUUUUUCUUCUUUUUUCUAUAGGAUGAGCAACAGAGGGAAUAGAUCCAAAGCGGACGAAGACACGAACUGGCGAAAAAGAAAACCACUCACUGAUCAACCCACACAUCGGUGGCAACCAAAAGACAGCAUCUCAUGGCAUCCUAACUGGGACAAAGAAACGCAACGAAAACCAAGACGACCUUUCGUGAAUAUGGACACGGUUACACAUUCGAGUAAAAGAGAAUCUCAAGCCACGCCCAUCGUGUGUGCUUGGACUCAGUUUGCGCAAGAAGCGAGCUCAUCAGUACCUGAGAAGGCGACGGAAGAACCAGCGAAUGCUUGGUUAGCUUAUUCUCAAAGUAACUUUUCGCCUGUCAGUAGGAACCAUGAGACAUCUCAGCCGUCAGAAUCGAACCAUCGCAAACACAAUGCUCAUCGCAAAGCCGUAUUUGCGCCUUAUCUUUCAUUCGAAGAACUCCAUCGUCGGAUGGAUCGAAAAGACGUGUUUGAGGGCAUAUUAAGACUUUCUCGUAACAAAGACGAUGCUUAUGUAACCAGUGAAGAAUUAGGAGCAGAUAUUUAUAUUGGUGGAAAAUUUGAUCGAAACAGAGCCAUGGAUGGCGAUUUAGUAGCUGUUGAAUUACUCGAUGUGGAGCAAGUAUGGCAGAAACGAAAAGAAAGAGAAUUAGGAAAAUCAAAAACAAAGGAAGUUGUAAAAGAGGAAGAAGAAGAAGAAGUGAACAAUGAUAAAGAAGAGGAGGAAGAAGAUUUAGAAGACAAAGAACAAAAGCCCAAGUAUUGUGGUAAAGUAGUAGGCCUGUUGGAAAAAUCGCCUAAUAUGGCGUAUUGUGGAACCAUUGUCAAGACUCGUUUUCUGGAUGACAAUAACAAUGAAGGAGAAAGUUCAGCAAGCCAAGGUCCACUUAAGAUGGCUUGGUUUAAACCACUUGAUAAAAGGUUACCUUUCUUCUUAUUAAGAAGUCAGGACAUCCCCAGUGAUUUUCUUGAAAAUGAAGAAUAUUACAAGACACGCUUAUUUUCGGCCAAGAUCCGUAGUUGGAAGCCAUUCAAUAAUAACCCUAUAGGUGCCAUUCUUGAAGAAUUAGGCAAUACCACUGAUUUUAAGACACAAAAGAGUGCUAUUUUAGCAGACAAUUCAAUUGACAUGAGUGAAUUUAGUGAAGUUGCCUUACAAUGCUUACCUGAAACCCCUUGGGAAAUUCCUGCUUCCGAAUACAAGAAAAGGCGCAACUUGUGUGAUGCACGCAUUUUUAGCAUUGAUCCUAAGACUGCUAAAGAUUUGGAUGAUGCAGUUCAUAUUACAGAGUUACCAGAUGGGUUUUUUGAAGUCGGUGUUCAUAUUGCAGACGUAACACACUUUGUCAAGAUGGGCACAGCUUUAGAUACAGAAGCAAGAGCAAGAGGUACCAGUACUUAUUUUGUAGACGGUGUGAUUCCUAUGCUUCCUCCUUUGUUGUGCGAAGAAUUAUGUAGUCUAAACCCAGCUGUAGACAGAUUGGCUUUUAGUGUCAUUUGGAAAAUGGACACAUUUGGUAGGCCAGUUGAUACCUGGUUUGGCAAGACAGUCAUAAGGUCUUGUGCCAAAUUAGCUUACGAAGAUGCUCAAAAAGUGAUUGAUGGAGGUGAACUAUCGUCUGACGUGCAAAUUCACGAUAGACAUGAUCCGGCACUUGUCUCCCAUGAUAUUCGAUUACUUCAGCGUAUGUCUGUCCAUAUGCGUAAAAGAAGAUAUGAAAAUGGUUCUUUGUCUCUUCAUUCUGUCAAAUUACAGUUUGUGCUGGACGACAAUGGCUCGCCUGUCGACGUAUUUGCAUUUGAAGCAAAAGAAGCUAACCAAUUGAUUGAAGAAUUCAUGUUGUUUGCUAAUAUCAGUGUAGCAAAUAAAAUCCUUCAAUCGUUUCCUGAAGAAGCAUUGCUUCGUCGACAUCAAGAUCCUUUAGAAAAAAGAUUGCAUCAAUUCAUCAAACUGACUGAUGUGUUAGGACUUGAUUUUGAUGGCAGCAGUGCUGGUUCGCUUCAAGAAUCGUUUAACAAAGUCAACAAUAAAAACGUCAAGGAUGUCUUAUUGAUAUUGGCUAUUCGAACCAUGCAACGAGCUAAAUACUUUUGUAGUGGCAAAGUAAGUAUUGACAAAUACCGACAUUAUGCUUUGAAUGAGUCUGUCUACACCCAUUUCACAUCACCCAUUCGUCGAUAUGCAGAUAUUGUGGUGCAUCGACUAUUGUCUGCUGCCAUUACUGCUCAAGAUGAGACACAAGUAACAUGUCCUUAUGACCGUAAAAUGGUACAAAAAAUAGCCUUCUCUUGCAAUGCUAAGAAAGAUGGAGCCAAGAAUGCUCAAGACAAUGACAGCAUGGUUUAUCUUAGCAGAUAUCUCUGGCAAAGGGAACAAUUGGAUGGUCCCAUUUAUAAGAAAGCAGAUGUGAUUGUUGUCUCAAAAGAUACAUUUGAAGUCUAUAUUCCUGAAUAUGGCCUCGAAAAGCGUAUUUAUCUUAAAGAUUUGCCAGUAGAAAAGUUUUAUUUUGACAGACAUACAUUGGCACUGGAUAUCUAUUGGAAGCGUGGUAUUCCUGUCACGAUGCGUAAUGAAGAAAAGAUUUAUGCUCAAGAAAGAGUCCGUCCAGAUGACUAUAGUGAUUCUGAUGAUGAUGAAGAAGAGAUUGUAGAUAGCUUGACAGGAUUAACGAUGCAAGACACACCUACUUAUGAUCCUGACCAUGUUGUAAAUGCCAAUGACUUAAUACCAGCUGUUGUAUUGGAUGAAGAAACAUGCCUGCAACGACUUCAAAUGUUUUCUACUAUUGAUGUGCGUUUACAAGUCAAUAUGGAAAGAAUUCCGCCUAUCAUUAAUAUUUAUCCAGUGAAUCCAUUUUCAGGGGAAGAAGAAAAACAACUCUAAUAAUUUAAAGUAUUGAUUUUAAAUAAAUAAACCUUAUUUGCUGAGUGUUUGAAUUUGCCAAGACACACAGCGUAC